AAGAUAUUUAAAAGUAUAUAAUUAAUUAAGUUUAAAUAAUUUUUAUUUUGGCAAUUAACUAUUAAAGAAUAUUUUUUUAGUUGUUUUUCUUUUAAGAACAACAUAUAUUUGGGAUAUGGAUAUUAUAUUUUAAUUUCUCAAUAGUUGUUUAUUAAGUAGAAUUAUUUGUUUUAUGGUGUUUAUUUUGUUCAUUUCUGACGCUGUGUUCUCUUCUCCACCAUGCUUUGCCUUCGAACGAAUGCUCUGUGUGACGCCACCUGCCUUCUCGUCUUCGAACCAUUCACAGUGCUUAUUUCUAUAUCUUCAGGCAUCCCAAAUCAUUCUGCAUCAAUCCAGGUAAGAUAAAAUAGUUCAGGUGAUGGUAAUAUCAAUUGAUUUUAAUGUCGAAGCGUUUUACACUAAUAUAAAAUAGCCAACUAACUAUAUGUUUGUAUAGAUUUAUACAUGCCAUAUACGGCUUUUUAUGUUUAUCUAACUUUUGUAAUGUAGAAAUGAUGCUUAAUGAAAAUGAAAUUUUCUUAAUUCGAGUGAUUAAUUAUGGGAUUUGAAUUUGUUUUGUAAAAGUGAAUAUUAUUUAUUACAGUUGUGUGUUCAAAAAUUACGAAUUUUAAUAGAAGAUUCUGAUCAGAACUUAAAAUAUCUGGGACUAUUAGCUAUGUCUAAAAUUUUGAAAACUCAUCCCAAGUCAGUUCAAUCUCAUAAGGACUUAGUCCUACAAUGUUUGGAUGAUAGGGACGAAUCUAUACGGUUAAGAGCGUUAGAUCUCCUUUAUGGAAUGGUAAAUAAGAAAAAUUUAAUGGAGAUCGUAAAAAAAUUGAUGAUUCAUAUGGAUCGCGCCGAGGGAUCAUACUAUAGGGACGAACUUUUAUCUAAAAUUAUUCAUAUUUGCUCUCAAGGAAAUUAUCAGCAUGUUACAAACUUCCAAUGGUACGUUACCAUUCUAGUAGAGUUAACAAGGAUUGAGGGUACAAGACACGGAAAUUUAAUAUCCUCUCAAAUGCUCGAUGUUGCAAUAAGGGUUUCUGCUAUUAGAGAAUUUGCUGUGUCACAAAUGAAAAAUUUAUUAGAAAAUGCACAUAUAUUUGCAAAUAACUGUCAAAGGAAUGGAAUUUGCGAAGUUCUGUCGGCGGCUGCGUGGAUUUGUGGUGAAUUUUCCGAUUAUAUCGAAGACAUUCCAGCUACAAUUGAGACUAUGUUAAAGCCAAAAGUCACAAUACUACCUGGCCAUAUUCAGAGUAUGUUUGUUCAAAACAUUCUAAAAUUAUUCGCAAGAUCGGUUGAUAAAGAAUCUGGAGAUCCGGAAGAAAUUUCAAAGCUGAUUGAAAUACUAUUAGAAAAAUUACCAUUAUUUAUUCAAAGUUCAGAUUUAGAAGUUCAAGAAAGAGCCUGCUCAUCCAUACAAUUAUUAAAAUAUCUACAAAAAAUUCAUAACAAGAACGUUGAUAUAGGACCUGAAAUAUCUGUACUAUUUUCUGGAACUUUAAAUCCUGUUGCUCCAAAGGCUCAGAAGAAAGUACCAGUUCCCGAUGGUUUAAAUUUGGAUAAGUGGAUAAAUGAACCGAUUUCGUCCUCAUCGGAAGACGAUGAAGAGUGCAAAAAGCCUGCAACAUUCUUUUCUUCCUCUAUUGAAGCAACCUUUCCUUCUAAGAAAAAAAUGCCAGAACCAACUGAAGAAGAAUUAGCUCGUAGAAGAGAAGAAAGAUUACAAGAGCAAGAAAAUAAUCCAUAUUAUUUAGCGGGUUCAACGAAAUCACCAAAGAAGAAAACAUCAAUGCCAAUGUCACAAAGUACCGAUGAUAUUCCAGUUGCUGCUAUUGAGCUAGAUGUGCCGUUGCAAAUUUCUUCGUCGAAAAGUCUCUUCAAUAUAAAAUCCAGCGACAAAUAUUUAAUAGAAGCUCGAGAAGAAGAACGUCGAGCUAUAGAAAAGAAAAAUAAGAAACGAUUGUCCAAAAAGAGUAAAAAGAAGAAAAAUCAUUACUCGGAUGAGGAAAUCGAACCAUCGGUUCAACAUUCUGUUAACGUUGCUUUUGAUAUGCCAGAAGGCGCUACCUUAUCUGAUGAAGAUGCUGCAGAUAACAAAGCUGUUGACGAUCCUCAUCGAAUGCUUGACAUUAAUUUAGAUGAACCACUAAAAGAGAACGAAGUUCUACCAGUUCGUCGCCACCGUAUUGUUGACAGUAUACCUAAUGAUUCGGCUGAUAUUCCUGAUGGAAAGAAGAAGAAAAAGAAGAAAAAAUCCAAAGCAGAAUCUGAUAAACCUGCAAAAACUGAGAAAAAGAAGAAGAAGAAGAAAAAAUCUGCAUCUACAGAAAGUAAUUUGCUAGUCGAAGAAGAUGUAACAAUUGAUAUACAAAAUCAUGAAAGUAUUCCCUGCGAAGAAGAAACUUUAAGCUUGCCGACACAAGGAAACAAACCGAAAGAUGACCUAAUAACCUCAAAGAUAGAUGACCAGAACGAUAUGAACUUUUGGUUAUCCAAUGAUAACGAACAAGAAGUCAAGCCAGCGGAGCAGAAUUACACGGAAACUAUUGAGGUUACUAAAAAGUCUGAAAAACCCAAGAAGAAGAAAAAAGAUGAAAAAAAGAAGAAAAGAAGAAAACAAAGUGAUUAUGAAAUAGCUGAUGGAAUCACAACUCCAUCAAUGGAAAGAGUUGAAUUUUUGAGCCCUAAACCACCAUCUGACGUUUUGCUAGUGGCUAGUAACGAUUUAAUUAAAAUUUAUAUGGGAACAAAGGUUAAUAGGCAAAGCAAUAGUGUUAGCGCAAAGUUAUUACUACAAAAUUCGUCCGAGCGAACAACAUUUAAGGAUAUGGAAUUUACAGUUAUCGAUACUACUAACAUUAAAUUGCUCAGAGAGCCUUCUAACGGAAAUCACGAAGGGAUUAAAUUUCCCUUCGUUCUCCAACCUCUCUCGGAAAGGGAAGCUUUUGUUAACUUUUCAAUCAGCAACGUAGUAAAACCUCAGAAACUGAAAGGAAGUCUUUCAUACAUUACUAAGUCUUCGGAAGGUUCUUCAUUAGAAAAGUUAGAUUUCAAGUUGAAAUUUGAUUGCUCAAUGUUACUUAUACCUGGAAACAUCGAUAGCGCUGCAUUCUCAAAUAUAUUAGCUUCUACUGAUUCAAUGGUUAAACAUUCUUCCGAAUGUUCAAGUAAAAAAAGCGAUUUUAACCAAAUUUUAAAAGAUAUAUGUUUGAGAGCAAGAUUUUCCAUUGUUGAAAAAAUCGAUGCAACAGCCUCAUUAUAUGCUACUUCUAUGGAGGGACAUCAUGUGUGCUUAUUAAUUAAACAAAUGGGAAACUCCUCGCUAGUGAUUGAUGGAAAAUCAAACGAUUCCUCUUUAAUUUCAAAUGUCGUUUCCGAAAUAUGUUCAAUUGUAUCUCAAAUGUGAUCGUUGUAAAAAAAAAAGAAAAAAAAACACUAAAACCUAAACAAAAAAAAGACAAAAAUUUAAUAUGGAAUCCUUUUAUGUUCUCAUUUGUUUUAAGCAUUAUAAAAACAAAUAUCUGCUAUUCAGGAUACCAAAAUGAUAUUUAUUAUGCAUAAAGGAAAAAUAUAUCUAAAAUAAUGAGAAAAUUCAUCUUAUCUAGCUGACUAAGGAAUUUAAAAAAAAAAUUAUGUCAAAAUUUUGAAGGCAAUGAUUUUUUUUUGUUGUGCUAUAUCUUCAUUCUUUUCUCUUCUUAAUAUUAGGCAAAGAAAAUACUUUACAUUUUGAGUUUCAUUGCUAUAACGGGACCAUUAAUUUCAUAUUUUAUUGAUCUGAAUAAAAUGUUUCAAACUAUUUAACGUACAAAA